GUCCUGUCGAUCCUUCAUUCUCCUAGACGAAGCAGCAGCAGUUGCAGUUUUCUGGGCGAUGGAUGGUACGGCCGCGCCAGAGUACGCGAGCUCGUCAAUCGGGAGGACCAAAGGAGCAUCGAGAACGUGCGGAGGAGAGCCGCAAAGCUGGUCGCCGCGGAGAUAUGAUCACUGUGUGCCAAGUGCUGAGGCACAGGGUUGACGUGGAGGCGGAGAGGCUUUUCACGGCUGUAACAACCGGCGACACCCGAGGACGUCAUUGCGUGGAAGGAAGCUGCCGUAACCCAGAGCCGUCUCCUGAGUGUGUCGUCACGUGUUCGAGGUUACUAAUGAAUGGAACAUCCGUACCGCCUUCGACUGUCGCCGUCUCCAGCCCGCCCCUAACCCUCGCCGGAACCGACCUAUCCGGUUUCUACAUCCGAGGCAUGGGGGAGGGGCAGGUGCGACCCUCUCGCCUUGCCGUUUCGCCCGUACUUGAGCGAGAUUACUGGAAAAAGACGGCCACGUGUUCCUUUCCCAGAUGCAAUGACUGGUACCCGAUUUUAAAACCUCAAGUCAACCAGUGACCGCUGAGAUAAGAAUUGACUAGAGUAUUUCGUGCCGUUGUCCAGACUGACGAAACAUUCUACAACUUAUAACAGAAUAGCAAGAUUCCGACAAGCAUGUUAAUUCGUAACAUCUUGAGAAGAAGUCUGUUAAAACAAUUUACCCCAGGAUGUCAAGAAAAUUAUAUUCAAAUAUUGACGAAAAAGAAGUACUUCUUGAGGAGGAUUGCAACUUGUUUGCUUGAGAAGAGAAACCUUGUUAAAACAAAAUGGAACGUUAUGUCUGGCCUUCAAAAGGCAACAGCGGUAACUGCGGCUGCAGCAGCCAUUCUCCAGUUAGAGGACGAGGAACGGAAAGAAGAGGACAGUGAACUAAUCAAAUCCAUCAAGCUAGCUGUCCUCUCUCUUCAGAAGGGAGAGCCUGAGAAGGCCGAGCGACUGCUGCACCUCUCAUUGCGCGUGGCGCAGGAGCAGGCCAACACCCCGGCCAUCACUUACAUCUACGACCUGUUGGCCAACAUCGCGUUCGAGCAGCGCAACUUCGCCAAGGCCGAGCGUCUGCUGGGUGAGCUGCUGCGCCGCCUGGCGGCCGACGCCACGGACAGCAACGCCUUCGUCGAAGUCAGCCUCAAGCUGGCCAGCGUGUUCGCGUCGAGCGGCGACCGGGAGCGCGCCGACGCCGGCUUCCAGUUCUGCAUCGACACGCAGCAGCGCAAGAUCGCGGCGGCCGGAGGCGAGGCGGCCGCCGACGCCGACACGCUCGGCCUCUGGGGCAUGUCGGUGGACUGGUACGCGCGCUUCCUGCGGUCCCGCCACCAGUACGACCGGGCGCGCGAGCUGACCGCCCAAGCGCUGGCGGCUUGUGUGCGAGUGGGCGGCGAGCGCGCCGAACAGUCGGUGGUACUGCUCAGUGACCUGGGCACGCUCGACCUGCUCUGUGGAGAUGUCGAGGUGGCCGCCGAGCGGCUGGAGCGCGCCGCGCGGCUGGCAGAGGAGCUGGACCUCGCCGAGCUGGCCACCAUCCAGGUGAACCUGGGUAUGGUGAGGCUGCAGCAGGGCAUGGCCAGGGAGGCGCGCCGGAGCUGCGCCGCCGCCCACCGGCGGGCCACCCGCAACGGCGACACGGAGGCCCAGGGGAUGGCCGACGAGUGUCUGAAGAAGGUGAAAAAGUUCUCCAGUAGCUGAGAGGUGGGUAACUUUGUUAUACAUUUACAACCAUAGGACAUUUGUGGCUGUUCUAGUCUGCGGAAGGUUGAAUGUUAUUUUGAGGACGCAUACAUAUUGCCUAGGUAUUUAUGAUAAAUAUAUAAAUAUUAUCGAUA